AUCAAAAGAGUUCAUAACUAGUUUUAUGAAAUGCAGGGAAUAUAUGGUCGAGUCUCUCUACUGUUUCCAUAAAUGCAAAAUAUAGAAAGAGGAAAAUUACAAUCAUCCGAUUCUUUCCCUUUCCAGUUUUCCACGUUCUUUUCUACUAUUCUACUACCCCUUUCCAUUUUUCUCUUUGUGUGUGUUUUAAAUCACUUUCCCUCUCUCUCCGGAUCUGACAAGAUCCCAUCAUCUGCAAUAAAUGGAGUUCAAUUAAUUCCUUGCUGCCUUCACUACUACACAUAAUAUCAGAUUGCAUGUUCCAACUGAAGAAGAAAGACUCCACUACUCUCACUACGCCUUUCCUAUUAUUGGGAUUCUUUCCCUUUUCUGGAAAGGCACUAACUUUUUUCUGAAAAGUUUCAACUAGAUCUCCAAUACUGCACAUAUCCUGUUUGUAUGUUGUUCCCAAAGACACCCGAAUUCCAAUUUUUUCACUUUUUAGCUCAAAGAUCUGGUGAAUGUGCUAAUAUAUUUGGUGGAUCAAGAUGACGUGGUGGAUGGGUGGCAGUGUGAGCCAAAACAUGGAAGGUGGUAGAGCGAAAUUGAGACUUGUGACAGUGGUUCUACUUGCCAUAUGUAUUGCUCUAGCUGGUCUUUAUAGCAUCAUAAAACCUAUAGCUAAUGGUUGUACUAUGACAUACAUGUAUCCUACUUACAUCCCUGUACCGAUACCGAAAAAUGUAUCGUCCGCAAAGUAUGGAUUACAUCUCUACCAUGAAGGAUGGAUAAAGAUUGAUUUCGAUGAUCGUCUUAAAUCGCUUAGUGGAGUUCCUGUUCUUUUUAUCCCUGGUAAUGGUGGAAGCUACAAACAGGUGAGAUCUGUGGCUGCAGAAUCUGAUAGGGCUUAUCAAGGAGGUCCUCUUGAACGUAGCUUUUACCAAGAAGCCUCUCUAAAUCUCGUAAAGGGAGUAGACUUUGAUGUCACCAGCACUCCUUUACCCUAUCAAUAUGCAUCCAUGCUUGACUGGUUUGCCGUGGAUCUUGAGGGUGAACAUUCUGCAAUGGAUGGUCGAAUUCUUGAAGAACACACAAAUUAUGUUGUAUAUGCCAUUCACAGGAUUUUGGAUCAUUAUAAAGAGUGCCACAAUGCACGAGUCAAGGAAGGUGCUGCUGUGUCUAGGAGUCCCCCAAGAAGUGUGAUAUUGGUUGGUCAUUCCAUGGGUGGUUUUGUUGCUAGAGCUGCAAUUGUCCACCCACAUUUGAGGAAAUCUGCUGUUGAAACUGUUCUGACACUUUCUUCUCCACACCAGUCGCCUCCUCUGGCUCUGCAGCCAUCACUUGGUCAGUAUUAUGCACGAGUAAAUGACGCAUGGAAGAAAGGGUACGAGUUCCAGACUUCUCGAUCGGGGCAUUAUCUGUCUGAUCCACUACUCUCUCAUGUUGUCGUCGUCUCCAUUUCUGGUGGUUAUCAUGAUUACCAGGUCCGAUCAAAGUUACAAUCACUUGAUGGUAUUGUGCCUCCUACACACGGCUUUAUGAUUAGUAGCACAGGCAUGAAAAAUGUGUGGUUGUCAAUGGAGCACCAGGUUAUCUUGUGGUGUAAUCAGCUCGUUGUUCAAGUAUCACAUACUCUUCUUAGUCUGAUAGAUCAGGAGACUGGUCAACCUAUAUCUGAUGUUCCAAAAAGGCUGGCAAUCUUCACAAAAAUGCUUCACAGUGGGAUACCUCAAAAUUUUAAUUGGUUAAAGCAGCCACAGCUGCCUCACAUACCAAUUGAAAAUGGAGAAGCUGAAUCUGGUAUUCUCAGAUCUCAAGCACACAGAAUGUAUGCUUGCCCUAGUAACAUCCAUUGGAGUGAUGAUGCACUUGAAAGAGAUUUAUACAUCGAGACAACCAUGGUUACAGUUUUAGCAAUGGAUGGGAGAAGGCGGUGGUUGGACAUUGAGAAGUUGGGGUCUAAUGGCAAAAACCAUUUCGUUUUUGUCACAAAUCUUUCUCCAUGUUCCGGUGUACGACUGCACCUCUGGCCCGAGAAAGGAACUUCAGUUUCCACUUUGCCGAUUAAUAAACGGGUUUUAGAAGUUACAUCGAAGAUGGUGCAAAUUCCAUCUGGACCAGCUCCAAGGCAGGUUGAACCAGGUACUCAGACUGAGCAGGCACCUCCUUCUGCUGUAUUUUGGCUGCACCCAGAGGAUAUGCGUGGCUUCAGAUAUCUGACCAUCUCAGUGGCACCUCGCCUGGCUGUUUCAGGAAGACCUCCACCAGCUACUUCCAUGGGAGUUGGGCAAUUUUUCAAACCAGAGGAUGAGGAAACAGCCUUAUCUUCUGGGUCGUUGAUUUGGUCUAUGUUUUCUGUAAAGGAGAUGAUGUUGAAUGAGGAUCAUCCUCUUGCACUCAAUCUGUCUUUCUCUGUUAGUGUGGGUCUCAUGCCUGUGACAUUGUCUGUCAAAACAACUGGUUGUGGAAUAAGAAAGUCAGAGUUCACUGCUGAUGAAAUUGGAGAGUUGGAAAUUGACAGGCUGUGUAAACUUCGCUGUUUCCCUCCUGUAGCACUUGCUUGGGAUGUCACAUCUGGUCUUCAUAUUUUCCCUAAUCUGUUCUCUGAAACAAUUCUUGUGGAUUCCUCUCCAGCACUCUGGACUUCCAGCCUAGGGUCAGAAAAGACCAAUGUUAUGUUGCUGAUUGAUCCACAUUGUUCGUACAAAACAAGUAUUGGUGUUAAUAUAACCGUUGCAGCUAAAAGAUUUUCACUUUUAUAUUUCUCAGAGAUUACUGGUUUUGCAAUUGCUGUUGUCUUUUUCGCUUUAAUGCGGCAAGCAAGGCAAUGGGAGCUUGACCUGCCUAUACCUUCACUCCUUUCAGCAGUGGAAUCUAAUUUACGGAUGCCGUUGCCCUUUCUAUGUUUGGCCCUGCUGCCUAUAUUAUUUGCUCUGGCACUUUCCUGCCUCAUUUCUCUACCUCUUCCUCCAGCCAUAAGUUUCAUCAUUGUCUCAACAAUCUGUUACUUAUCUGCAAACGGAGUGGUGAUUGUGCUGAUAUCGGCCUCCCAAUUGUUACUCUACGUUAGUGCAUUUUUACAUGUAUUCAUCAAGAAGCGGUCGCGAACACGGGAACGUAACUGUUCUUCUCUUUUCACUGCCUUCCUGUCAUCCAAGGUAGUCAGGAUCAUAAGAUUCAACCCAUUAUUUGUUAUGACACUUGUCUCUUUGACCCUAGUUUGCUUCACUCAUCCAGCAUUGGGUCUUCUUUUGCUGGUCAUUUCUCAUGCUGUGUGUUGCCACAAUGCCCUGUCCAGUUUUUUGAUGGCUUCAUUUCGCAGCCAUACCCAGAGUAAGGAGUUAAUAGAAUCUGGGAAAGGAAGUCGGAGUGGAUUGGAGCAGCUCAUACCCCAGUAUGAUGGUGAAAUUAACAACCAAUUCCCUCAGAAGGAGAGUAAUUCGAAAAGUCUGGACUCAGUAAAAAGCUAUGGUGAUACCCAAUUAGAGAUCUUCAAUCAUCAGCAUGGCUUAUUUGUAUUACACUUGCUUGCAACACUUAUGUUUGUCCCUUCACUUAUAUCGUGGAUCCAGAGAAUGGGGAUUGGUCAGAGCUUGCCGUGGUUCUUGGAUUCUGUACUUUGCAUAGGUGUUCUGCUGCAUGGUGUAUGUGACUCAAAGCCGGAGUUCAACUUCUUCGUAUUUCCUUUUCCGGGCAUCCGAAGAUGGGAGAUAAAGCUGAGCUUUGCCUAUCUUGUUGCUGGAUACUAUUCCUAUUUUUGUGGGUUGGCCUUGGCUCCUUACAGAACAUUUUAUCCCAUGGCUACCAUUGGGUUUAUUUCAUGUGCUUUUAGGAUCAUAGAGAGGAGAAGUAGGGAAAAGGGGGAAAUGUACCAUCACCGUAGGAAACACUCUCAUAAACACUAAAGAAAAUAGUCUCACGUAAGUGCCAUUACUAGCAGUAUUUUUUCAAACAGAAUCGUCUCGUGUACGAUAUUUCCACGUGGAGAAGAUGUACUAAUUGACAUGGCGCUUUGGUGCCACAAUUUUGAAUAUUCUUCAUCAAGUUUUGUCUGUAAUUUGGUCUGGUUUCGAAGCGAUUCAUAUUCCUUGAAGAUACGUUGUUGAUAA